CGCAUAAUUGGCUAGUUGUCGGACCACGUGGUACUGGCGUCCUUUCCUGCGUGCGUCCCAUAGGGUUGUUUCUCCUUAGCGACUCGGUAACGGCGAACUGGAUUCCGCUUAAAGAAUAAAGCUGGAAAUAACAGAUACGAGGAGCUGCGCUACUGGUACGAGUGCGUGUUCCACGAGGAGCGUCUGCGGCUGUACUGGCAACGUACCGCCGUUGACGCACAGGAGCCCGAGGAGGGAGAUUCUGUACCUGUUAUGUCCCCUCCUUUCUGCCAGAGACCCAUGCGAAUCUUCCUGAAUGACGACCGCCAUGUCAUGGCGAAGCACUCCGCAGUGUACCCCUCGCAGGAGGAGCUGGAGGCCGUGCAGAACAUGGUGUCUCACACUGAGCGCGCCCUCAAGGCUGUCUCUGAUUGGCUGGACGAGCAGGAGAGGGUCGGCGUGGAGGAUGCUGCUCCGGAGGGCCCGGAGAAGGACAGUGAGGCAAAGCCACCCGAACAGUUAACACGGACCCUGCGUGGGGUGAUGAGGGUGGGCCUGGUCGCCAAGGGGCUCCUUCUGAAGGGGGACCUGGACCUGGAGCUGGUGCUGCUCUGCAGGGAUAAGCCCACCGUCCCCUUGCUGAAGAAAGUAGCGGAGAACCUGAGUGCACAGCUGAAGACUGUUGUAGAUGACAAGUAUGACAUCGUCCCAUCCAUCAGUGAUGCCGUGAUCCUCGUUAAGAGUGCCAAGGAGCCAGCGCUGACGCUUACCAUCCUGCUGACCUCCCCGGUGGUGCGUGAGGAGGCCGAGAGGCAGGCCGCUGGAGAAACGCUAUCAGGCAACGAUCCGCCGGAUGCUCUGGACAGGCAGAAAUGCCUGGCAGCCUUGGCGUCCCUUCGCCACGCCAAGUGGUUCCAGGCUAGAGCCAAUGGGCUGAAGUCCUGCGUCAUCGUCAUCCGCAUCCUCAGGGACCUGUGCAGCCGCGUAGCCGUCUGGGCCCCCCUGCAGGGAUGGCCCUUGGAGCUGUUGUGUGAGAAGGCCAUCGGGACGGGGAUCAGGCCCAUGGGGGCGGGGGAGGCUCUGCGCAGGGUGCUGGAGUGCCUGGCCUCUGGAAUCCUCCUGCAAGACGGGCCUGGUGUUUUAGACCCAUGUGAGAAGGAGACCAGCGACGCCAUUGGCCACUUGGACCAGCAGCAGCGGGAGAACAUCACCCAGAGUGCACAGUAUGCCUUACGGUUGGUAGCCUUUGGGCAGCUUCACAAAGUCCUGGGGAUGGACCCUCUUCCCUCGAAGAUGCUUAAGAAACCCAAGACUGACGCCCCUGUAGACUACACAGUGCAGAUACCCCCCAGCAUGUCCUAUGUCACCACAAUAAAGAGGCCUAUUGAAGAAGAGGAGGUCAUGGAUGAGAAGAAUCCCAACAAGAAGAAGAAGAAACUUCAGAAGAAAUACUCUGAAGAUAAGCUGGAGCCACCGCAGGCAAUGAACGCCCUGAUGCGACUGAACCAGCUGAAGCCAGGCCUGCAGUACAAGCUGGUGUCGCAAACGGGCCCUGUGCACGUGCCUGUCUUCACCAUGGCCGUGGAGGUCGACGGCAAGAGCUACGAGGCGUCCGGGCCCUCAAAGCGCACGGCCAAGCUGCACGUGGCAGUCAAGGUCCUGCAGGACAUGGGGCUGCCCACUGGGGUGGAGGUGAAGACCGCAGAGCCAGUGAAGACUGAGGAAGGGCCCACGGGCUCAGAGGGCAACCCCCAGGCUUCGGAACCCGGUGGGGCCGACGUGCCGCCCCCUAGUGCCGAGGCAGGGGACGGCGGCGAGAGCUUGCGGCAGCAAGGCCCCAUCCUGACCAAACACGGCAAGAACCCGGUGAUGGAGCUGAACGAGAAGCAGCGCGGCCUCAAGUACGAGCUCGUCUCGGAGAGCGGCGGCAGCCACGACAAGCGUUUUGUCAUGGAGGUGGAGAUCAGCGGACAGAAGUUCCAGGGUUCGGGCUCCAACAAGAAGGUGGCCAAGGCCUACGCUGCCCUGGCUGCGCUGGAGCGACUUUUCCCCGAUGGCUCUGAUGCCAUGAAAAAGAAGAAAUUGCUUCCAAUGCAGCCAAACCUAGGAUUUGGCAUGGUGGGCGGAGCUCCCACGGAUCCGGUGGCCAAUCUGAGAGGCCGUGGGAGAGGUGGGCGUGGCAGGGGAAGAGGAAGAGGGUUCAACAAUGCAGGAGGCUACCCAGGUGGAUUUGGGUCUUAUGGCUACGGAAACGGUGCCAACACUGGAUACAAUUACUACGACAACGAUGGGGCGAGCGAUGCAGAAGGGGGCUCUGGAGCAAUGGGCUCGCCCGGCCACUCGGCGAGCGGAGAUGGGGGAGGGUUUGGCGCUUUCUACCCCGGCGACAGCAUCUACUCCGGCCCUCCUCCUUCCGCUGCCAAGCCCAUUGGCAACAAGGCCCUCCCACGGGGGGGUAAACAGCCCUACGCUGGGGCUUCGGGAGCUGCUGGUGGGGUCUCGGGGGGCUACCAGGGCACCCCUCCCUCAGUGCAAGGUGUUUACAAUCCAUAUAGCCAGAACUUUGGACAGAGCAAGAAGAACUUCGGCCAGCAUCAUGGAGCAGGUGGCUUCUCCGGCUACAGCACCGCUUACCCCAGUCAGGUGACUGGGGGAGGGGGCAGCCAGGAAUACGGCUAUGAAGGUUACGGCAGCCAGUCCAACUUCGGCUCACAAGGCGGCGCCGCCCAAGGCUACGGCGGAGGGCCGGGGUCCUUCCACAGCCAAGUGGGCUUCGGCAGGGGGGAGCCCAGCGUCACCUACCAGUACAGAUAGUCUGCACCUCCGGCCUUCACGAGCCGUCUUUCCAAAGCAGAAACCAGCUCACUCGUGCUUCUAGCCAUUUCCUUCCCGUUGAUAGACAUUUUGGUGUGGCUUACGCUGUUCGGUUUGUACUCAUUUCCGUUAUUCUCGCGCUCGUCCGUCUCAGCCAGCUCCAAGAAAGCAAACCCUGUGGUGUUCGGAUGCUAAUGCCUUAGCUAAUCAAAAGCCAGCCAGUGUAAAGUCCUAGUCUGGGCCAAAUCCAGCUGUGCGUCAUCAUUUUGACCUGCUCCAACAUGGAAGUGUCCACGUGCUACAGUGUCCACUGCCAAACUCCCGGGCUGGGGGUCCCGUCAGGCUCUGGCAGGAUGAAGCGGAUGAGUUCGUCACCAAUCUCACUUACCCAUGGAUUAUUUUUUGUUUUGCUUUUUAAAUAAGGAUUAGAACACCAUGGGGCCUGUGAGCAGCUUUCCGUUCGACUUCUGAUGCCUCCGUAUCACGUCUGGUCUUUUCUUCGAUAAUUAGACAUCAGGACUGUUGAGGCCCUCCCCCCACUCACCAAAGUACUGUGUAUAUCUUUUUGUUUUAACAUCUUCCUGUGUUCUAAUCGGUAUUUUUUUGAAUGGUGUUGAUUGGGAAUGGAAACGCUGUAAUUCUGUGGCGUAUUUUGGUAAGGAAGGAGUGUUUUUUUUUUUUUUUUUCCCCUUUUGGUUUUUCAAGGAGGUGUUUUGUUUUUCAAAACAGCGUGUAUCGCUUGUAUUACCAAUAAAGGAUUUUUAUUUUGGAAGAAU